AUGGCCGACACUAACACAGUGACAACAACUGUGCCCCUCCUCAUCAACAUCACCAGCAACGCCACCACGUCGACCUCUGCACAGGUGGCCACGGUCAUCAACUGGCUGACCUUCAGCAUCGGGCUGCCCGCCAUUGGACUGGCUAUUUACGCCCUCAAGAAUCUGUCCAAAGGUGGCAAUAAAAUUCCCAUCCACGUCAUGUUCCUCCUGGUUUCUGACAUCAUCAAUUUCUUUGGUCGCCCCCGUGUGGACGACGACAUGAACAGCGAGACCAUCCUCUCCUCCAACCCCACAGACUUCAUCUUCUACUUCGGUGUCAUCUCCAACAUCGCCCUGAUGCUGUUUAUAGCUCAUGAGCGACACGUCUCAGUGUCUUACCCGCAGUGUCUUGGCUGCUGUAGCAGAAUCCGGCGGUUCCCUGCUGUGGCCCUGGUGGCGUGGGCUGCUCCGCUGGCCGUCCUCGCCCUGGCUGUGUAUGAUUACAAAUUCUGGUUUUCGGUGGCCCUCCUCGCCCCUUUCCCCUUCCUCCUUUUCUUCGCCCUGGACUCCUGGAGAGCCCUGAUGUGCUCCAACCCCCGGACACCAGAGAUGAGGAGGGCAGUGUGUGGGAUUGGUGCUAUCUGGGCCAAUUACACCCUCCUCUAUAUUCCCUUCAUCCUCAGCAUCCUGCUGGAGGCUCUGGCGUUUAAAGAGGCCGUGAGCUACCUGGGCAUGGUGUCUCACCUGCUGCUGUACCUCAGCCCUCUGGUCGACCCCUUCCUAUAUAUAUUUAUGACCAAAGGGCUCAAGGAGGUCAUGCAGGCGCUGCCCUGCUGGCACCACCAGAAGGAGAACAGGACACCCACUGUGGAUUCUGUGGCUGAGACCGUGGAGACAAGACUCUGA